CACAUCCAUAAAACCCACCUAGAUACAAACCCAGAAGAAGGGCAGGGAAUAUUACAUCCAUGGCUGGGCUGCAGAGGUCUUCACGGACAUUCAGGAGGUCAGGAUCAUCAGGCAUGGUCUGGGGCGAGAGGCUCAUGUCGGAUGAGCAUAGCCAGUGGACCUCGGGGGAACCAGAGUUCAGGGAGCUACGGCACUCCCGCAGCGUUGGGUCCGUCGGGGCGCAGCGCAGGCGCAACGAUGGCACCGAGCGUGGCGGCCAGGCGUUCCGGACACGGCGCGUAGCCCCGGCCAUGGAUCCACCGUCGCCCAAGGUUCCUGGCUGCAUCUUCUGUGGGAUUUUCAGGAAGACAGCACCUUCACAGCCAUCUAAGGCCAGAAGGUACCACUAGAGUGAUCUGUGUAUUCAUCGACCGUAUGUGUGACUGGGUUACCUGGUUCUGGAGCUUGUGAAGUUCAGCUCCAUUGAGUAUAUACAUGCUACUCCCUCCGUUCCAUAUUAAGUGUCACUGAUUUAGUACAACACUUGAUUCUUCAGCUGCCCACCUCUGUGCUUGUAUCUGUACCUGGUAUCCCCAGUUUUAUUUUCUGCUCUUUAGUUGUAAUUUCCUGGCUGGUUGAUGGCUUUGUUAAUUCAAAGCCGGGCUCUGUCUCGAGCCUUCGUUCUAAAAAAAGUACAACACUUGAUAUGGAAUUGAGGGAGUAGUACUCAGUGAUACGCUCGUAUAGUUGCAUGCAGUUUGGAUAAGUUUGAGCA